AAAGGAUCAAUCUUAACUCUUUGUAAAUGGAAGGUAUUCCAAGUGUAUUUUUCUUGGUGCUGAUGGGGAGGUUUUUCAUUACACAUCUUGCUAGUGCUCAAGGUCAACUAGGAUUCAUCAGCUUGGAUUGUGGAAUGCCAAGUAAUGAGUCUAGUUACACCGAAUAUUCAACCAGUUUGAUUUAUUCAUCGGAUGCUGAUUUCAUCCGCACCGGAGAAAGGGGCAGAAUCAAUAAUGACGAAAUUGAGUACUUGAAGCCAUAUAGACGCUUGCGAUAUUUUCCCGAAGGACCAAGGAAUUGCUACAAUCUAACUGUUGUGCCGGGCAUAACUUAUCUUAUUAGAGCUGUCUUCGCAUAUGGAAACUACGAUGGUCUUAAAAUUAUGCCCAAAUUUGAUCUCCACGUAGGCCCUAACUUGUGGACAACCAUAGAUUUUGAAGACCAACUUUCGGAUAUCAGUAAGAUCACAAUUCAAGAAGGUAUCGUAGAGGAGAUUAUUCACAUGUCAAUGUCAAACUCUUUGGACAUAUGUCUUGUUAAGACAGGAACAACAACGCCGUUCAUAUCAGGCUUAGAACUACGGCCCAUGAGAGAAGAUAGUUACAAUACUGAAUCCGGCUCCCUGAAGCUCUUAUUUAGACAACGCUUUAUCCGAGAUUUUGACGAAUUUGAUCUUCAGAUUCGGUAUCCAUAUGAUGUCCAUGAUCGUAACUGGUAUACAGAGGUUGAGGUAGGCUCUGAUUGGACACAAAUAAACACCACCCUCAAUGUAAGUAGUUCCGAUCCCUUUGAAAUGCCACAACGUUUAUUUUCAGAGGCUGUGACACCCAAAAAUUCCAGUAAGCCGAUGAAAAUGAGCUGGUUAUUGCGGAAACCGUACUACCAAGUUGAUAUGUACCUUCACUUUGCUGAUAUACAAGUCCUCCAGCCGAAUGAUACUAGAAUAUUUGAUGUUUUAUGUAACAAUCAUACUUUUUACACUGGAUAUAGACCUCUAGAGUAUAUGGUAGAGACUGUACCUCUAAAAUCUAUCAAUAUGUGUGAGGAUCGUAUCUGCGCAUUGGAUUUGGCCCUCGUAAAAGCUAAAUCGUCAACUCUCCCACCGCUGCUUAAUGUCAUUGAGGCUUUUGGAGUUCUCCAGCUACCUAAUUUAGAAACGGAUGAAAACGACGUGACUGCAAUCAAGAAAAUCCAAGCUACUUAUAGAUUACACAAAAUCAAUUGGCAAGGGGAUCCAUGUUCUCCUGUACUGUACAAGUGGGAUGGUCUAAGCUGCAGUAGCGCUAAUCUAUCUACUUCCCUAAGAAUUAUUUCUUUAGAUUUGUCUGCAAGUGGAUUGAAUGGUACCAUAUCACCUGACGUAACAAAUCUAAGCCAGCUACAAAAAUUGGACCUUUCAACUAAUAAUUUGACUGGAGGAGUCCCAGAGUUUUUCUCUAGCAUGAAAGCAUUAACCAUCAUAGACUUGAGUUACAAUAAUCUUAGUGGCUCAGUUCCUCAAGCUAUUUGUAACAUGCAAAAGAAAGGCCUAAAGUUGAUUGUUGAAGGAAAUCCAAAUCUCUGUUUGUCUUCUUGCGGAACUAAUGGAAAACGAAAAAGGAAAGUUUAUGUCAUCAUUGUUGUGUCAAUCGCUUCCAUCGGUAUUAUUGCAGCUGUGCUUCUUCUGAUCAUUUCCAUUAAUAAAAAGAAGACGUCAGUGAAAGCGUUACGCCCGCCCAUUGUGGCAAAAAAGAGAAGCUUUACUUUUGGAAAUGUCAAGGAGAUGACGAACAACUUUGCGAGAGUUGUUGGAGAAGGAGGGUUUGGUAUAGUGUAUCACGGUUAUUUGAAUCAAGAAGAACAGGUUGCAGCUAAAGUACUCUCUCAAUCCUCAGCCCAAGGCUAUGAGCAAUUCAAGGCAGAGGUAGAACUUCUUAUAAGAGUUCACCACGUAAACUUAGUAAGUCUCGUUGGCUAUUGUGAUGAAGGAGAACACUUAGUUCUCAUUUAUGAAUAUAUGCACAAUGAAGACUUAAGGAAACUUCUAUCCGGAGAAUGCGCAAGCCCACCAUUGAGUUGGGAAAAUAGGCUAAGGAUUGCUGCAGAAACUGCACAAGGAUUAGAGUAUCUACAUAUUGGCUGCAAACCACCAAUGAUUCAUAGAGAUGUAAAAUCUACAAAUAUCCUCCUCGAUGAGCACUUCCAAGCAAAACUCGGCGAUUUUGGUCUUUCAAGAUAUUCUCCAACAGGAAGCGAAACUCACGUGUCAACAAAUGUUGUUGGAUCACCCGGCUAUCUUGAUCCUGAAUAUUACAGGACAAAUUGGCUGACCGAGAAAAGUGAUGUCUAUAGCUUUGGAGUUGUAUUAUUGGAGAUAAUCACAAGUCUACCAGUGAUUGAUCAUACUCGUGAAAAGCCUCACAUAGUAGAAUGGGUGGGAAUUAGGCUAACAAAUGGAGAUAUAAAAAAUAUUGUGGAUCCAAGCCUUGCUGGAGACUUUUGCUCUAGUUCUAUGUGGAAGGCUCUUGAACUAGCAAUGUCUUGCGUUACUCUUUCUUCGUCUGGAAGACCAACCAUGUCUCAAGUUGCUAGUGAGCUGAAAGCGUGUCUUUUCUCCGAAAAAUUACGAAAAGGAGACACACCCGACGUGGACUUGAAUAGUUCCACUGAACCGAGUAUGAGCGUUGUUGGCACUGAAGAAAACCCUGAUGCACGCUAGUUAAUACAGAAGAUCCAAUCGGUGUUUCGAGUAAUACGAUUCAUAUGGUAUCAGAACCCUUAAAAAGCCCGAACACAAUUUAUUUUCUCUUCUUGCUCUUCCUUUAAUCCUUA